ACUACGAUUCAGUUUGUCAACAAGUGGUACAGCUGAAGGGUUUACUGUUCGAGUGUUACUCAUUGCUCAUUGAUUUUGUUGGAGGGAAAAAAGGUCGUAGAAAGUGAAACUGUUUAUUACGAGCGCGAGUCAACAUGGGGGGCUGCGGACAAUGGAUCGAGAUGACGCAGAAGAACAAGCCGCAAUCAAAUACCCUUUCGGCAGGCGCCAUGACCCUGCUGACCAGCGGUAUGAUGGUCGGUUCCACCAUCUUCAACAUGGACCUGCAAAACCAAGCGUGGACGUUCGAUCACUCCGAUAGUCUUGUCCUAGCGGUAUCGAUGAUCUUCUACAUAGCGGCAAUUGUUGGCACCCUGGCGGGUUAUCUUCUGGUCGACCGUUAUGAAAAGAAGCCUCUCUCGAAAGUCUACAUGGUGCUGGCGGUCGUCUCGUGCAUCCUGCUCAUAGUCAAACCGGAUCAUCUGGUGGUGGUCGCUUUUGCCCGCACUCUCCUUGGCCUGGCCCACGGAAUGGCCUACCUGAUCUACCCGAUUCACGGCGGAGAGACCUCGAUCAAAGAACUUCGAGGCAUGAACGUCUCCGCCGUGGGAUACUGUCUCAUGAUUGGUGCCUUGACCUUCGGCUGCGUCAGUCCCGGAGCAACCUACGGUUGGAUGGACCCGAAUCGACUGAUCGGUAUACUUGGUUUGGUGUACACUGUGUUGGGAGGACUGUUGUCCCAGUUCCUGACCUACGAAUCGCCUGUGUUUCUCCUGCAGCGAGGACGCGAUGCCGAAGCUGUCAAAAGCAUGAUGAAGCUACGGAAUGAAUCCACUGAAACAUGGGAGAUCCGAAAUGAUCUUACCGAGUUCAGAACCAUGUUGGAAGAGGAUGAACAGGGGUCUCGAUCCAUCUUUAAGGAUGGAAACCUUCGACCUCUGAUUUUGCUGUCACUUUGCAAAGUUGCGUCGGUGCUGUCGUUCAACAUGGCCUUGAAUUUGGUUCGUCUACGGCUUCUCGAUCAGCUCUUCGGAAUGGAACAGUACAGUAUGGCUGCGGUGAUCAUUCUCCUGGUGAGGAUAACCAUGGGAACGAUCAUUCUAUUCGUAAUCGACAGAUUUGGACGCAGGGCGACCAUGGUCACAUCGACGUUUGGAAGCGGAUUUAUUCUGGUGAUUUUGGGGAUCAUCUACCUGGCAAAUGAUUCAUUCAAUCGGGACAUCGGAAUCGCGAUCAUGCUGGCGUACGAAGUGGUCGCUUCAUUGGGAGUUACCUUCGUUCCAGAUGCGUAUUGCUCGGAGGCUUUCAGCACGAAGAAGAAGGCGGCUUCGAUUGGUGUUGUGAACACGGUGGAGAAUGCUUUGCAGAUUCUGAUCGCUUGUGUUGUAUUUUCGUGGGAUUUCGCGAGCACUUACCACUACGGAGGAGUGAUGUUGACUUUCGGGGUACCGAUGGUGCUGCUGGCAGUCGCAUUCUACAUGAAACUACCGGAGACUACCAAGAUGACGAUCCGGCAGUCGCGGAAUGAGUUUUCCAAACGAGGGGAAAUCGUUUUCGGAGGGACUAAGCGGCCGAUGACUUAUUUGAAUGAGUGAAUAGAUAAAAAUAAAAUAAAAUACUUUAUGUUAAAUUA